UCUGUUGUUCGCCUUUCAGCGCAGAUUAAUAUAUUUGGUCGUUGACAUCGCAUUGGAAAUUUGCAACAUAACUUUGUAUAGCGAACUUUAUCGCGAUAUCGAUUAAGCUUUUCAACGACCUUUCGAUAUUAAGUUAUAGUUUUGAAAACUAUAUGUGGAAAAGAGGCUUUUUGUUGCCUUUUAUUUUGUUGUUUUCGGUUUGUUUAACGUUCGGUUCAUUAAAAACGUUUGUGUUGUUGCCCGCAUACACACACAUACAUUGCCAAUUCCGAUUGUGAUUUUAAUAAAUUCUGUGAUUUUAACUGAAAAUGAAUUGACACAAAGAAUUCUCCAAUUUUAAGUUGUGAACCAAUUUCGGUUGAAAACAAACAUUGGAUCCAGUGUUUUGUUUAAUUCGGAUAAUUUUUAUUUUGCAUUGACAACGGAUUCGUUCGAUAGGCAUAAUGACUAUCACUAAAGAUGACCGGCCUCCAAUCGGAUUCAAUCUCACUGAUUUCAAUUCCACAACACAACUCACCGAAAAGCCCAAUGAAAAACAGUUCUACACAUCAGACGAUGAAUACAAUCCCUUCGAACAUCGACAGGUGGAGAAACCAAAUUCCACAUCUGGUUCCUUAAUACAUCUCCUGAAAAGUUCGUUGGGAACGGGAAUUUUGGCAAUGCCUAUGGCGUUUAAAAAUUCCGGUCUUUUGUUUGGUGCUAUCGGAACGGUCAUCGUUGGCUUUCUCUGUACGCUCUGUGUGCAUAUGUUGGUAAAAACAUCUCACGACAUAUGCAAAAAGGCAAAAAUUCCAUCGCUUGGAUUUUCCGAAACAGCUGAAGAAGUAUUCAAGCAUGGGCCACCAGCACUACGUGGAUGGUCAAAGUUCGCCAGAGAAUUUUGUGAUUACGGACUGAUGUUAACGUACUAUGGAGCCAAUUGCGUCUACAUUGUUUUUAUAUCGACAACAAUUCAUGACAUUAUCAAUUAUCGGCUGGGCUUGGACUGGGAUAUUAGGGCAUACAUUGCGAUUUGCACCAUACCAAUUCUCGUAAUUGGUCAGAUUCGUAAACUAAAAUAUUUAGUUCCGUUCUCUGCUUUAGCAAACAUCUUCAUCGUUAUCACCUUCUCCAUCACAUUAUAUUACAUGUUCAAUGAACCACUCGAUUUUAGCGAACGGAAGUUGUUCUCGUCAUGGGGUCAAUUACCAUAUUUCUUCAGUACGGUCAUCUUUGCCAUGGAAGGAAUCGGUGUUGUUAUGCCGGUAGAAAAUGAUAUGAAGAAACCGCAACAUUUCCUAGGAUGUCCGGGAGUUUUGAAUACGGCUAUGAUCACUGUCGUUGUUUUGUAUGCAGUCAUCGGUUUCUUCGGUUACGUACGAUUCGGAGAUGACGUGAAAGGAAGUGUAACAUUGAAUUUACCCGAGGCGGACAUCAUCGCAACAGUGGCACAAGUGUUGAUCGCCGUUGCUAUUCUGUUCACAUUUGGUUUGCAGUACUACGUUCCGUCCGACAUUUUCUGGCGAAAAAUCCAACACAGAGUUCGCAAAGAGCGACACAACAUCACACAGAUUGUUAUCCGAGCUGGAUUUAUUUUAGUUCUUGCUGCGCUAGCCGCUGCUAUUCCUGAUCUGGAACCGUUCAUCGGAUUGGUUGGCGCAAUUUUCUUCUCGAUUCUUGGACUGCUCGUGCCAGCUGUUGUGGAAACAGUGUUCCUAUGGCCAGAUCGCUUAGGAUUACUGCGAUGGAAAUUGUGGAAAAAUUUGAUUUUAAUCGCUUUUGCUCUGAUCGCACUGGUGAGUGGAACGGUUGUGAGUGUUGCAGACAUAAUAAAAAUUUAUUCGGGCGAAAGUGAACAUUAAAAACAUUUUGGAUAAAACAUGCUUGAUACUGAUGUUCUGCGAUCAGUAUAGUACAGUUGUUGGUAGAAGAAGUUUUCAAAUUGAUGAUGAUGGCAUUUAACAAACAACAGAAACGGUUAGAAUUUUUUUUAUAAUUUAACAUCAUUUUUUUGAUCGGACAAUUUUAGAUUUUGCAGUUUAAUAAUUUUAGUCAAGGCAACUGCCUUGUUUUAGUCGAUUUUUUAUUUCUAUAAGCAAAAUGUGUUUGUCUAUGUAAAUAUUUUAAAUUGAAGAGUUAGGAGAAAACAAACAGAAAAUUUUAUAAUAUUUUUAACACAGUCGAAGAUAGAAUGUGCGCGAACUUUUUUUAAUUUUAAAACUUUUAGUCAAAAAUUUCGAAAGAAAAAUGAUUUUUUUUCUGUUAAAUUUGUUGGGGUUUCAUGUCGUAGACCACUUCAAAGUCAGUAUUAGAUUGUUGUUUUUAAGCAAAUAAAUUAAUUAAUUUGUUAGCAAAUAAU